AUGGAGGCUGGCCUGUGCCCAGGCCCGGGCGAGGGAGGAGCCACCGCCCAGGUGUGGAGGCUGGACGCAGGUGUGUCCCAAGCAGCGGGAAGUGAUUGCUCCCUGGCCUGUGCAGGCAGAAGAAAGCAGACAGUCCGCCCCAGGAUCCAGCUCUGGGAAGCGGGGUUUGUCCUCCACACUCUACCGGGCAAGAGAGCAAUGGAAGGGAAAGGGGUAAGAAACUUCGAGGAACUUCGAGCCAAAUUUCAAAAUCUUGAUGCUCCACCUCUUCCAGGAUCUAUUAAAUUCCCAGCCGGUUUUUCUCAAAAAGGCGACCUUGGGAGCCCACAGUCAACCCAGAUUCUGGCUAACAGGAAACCGCUGGCACCCAACCAAGGGCAGCUUCCACCAUGUUCCAGUGGCGAGUCCCAGCCUCUUAGACCCCAGAAAAUGAAGCUGGCCCAGAUGAGUGGAAUUCAGAAAUGUUCUAAUUCUCCAGGAGCUCUGGGAAAUUCUGCCGUGAGUUCUGCAGUUGAUUCACAGAAGGCUUCUCUGUUGUUAGACAUGGAUCCAUCAGACGCUGAGUUACCCAAUGAGGAGACAGUAACGGUGGCCAGUAGCUUUAGAGAGAAGCUCCAGAACUGGGAGAAGGUCUCAUCUCAGAGAGGUGCAAUGUCAUCGACCCUUCUCCGGGCCACUUGUGAAAGUGAGGCCCUCCGUGUGGAAAGGCAAAAAGGCCUGGGACUUACUGCCAAGGAGUUAAGGGUCAAGGUGGAAGUCAAAGGAGCCCAGACUCUUCCUUCCCAGAGGCACUUGCUGGCCCAGAGAAAGUCACUCACUGCCUCUGAAGAUCCCUCUAUUCUACUCUCUCCACAUGGGAGGCAGAGCCAGAAAAAUCCCAGGCCCAAGAGAAGCCUGGCAGGAGGCCUGUGCCAGCCUAUCUACGAGCGUGAGCUUGCCAGCCAGGCCCCAGAGAAACAGCCAGAUGUCCGGCAUCACCACCUCCCCAGAACGAAGCCACUGCCUUCUGUCAAGUCCCUGGGUCCUCCUCCCCCAAAGCCUGCGAAGCCCCCUGUCGUGAGCCUCCAGGCCUUCCAGAGGCAGCCAGCCGCUAUUCCCAAGACCCGACGGGAAGUGACUGUGGAAGAGGGCCACCUGUCCCUGGAGAGAGCUGAAUUUGAAGAACCACAUAAUUACGAGGCAACAAUUUCAUAUCUGAAAUACUCAGGCAACUCCGUUAACCUGUGCACUGCAAAAGAAAUUGCUGAUUCAACCUAUGAAGUUGGAAUUGAAGAACUCCAAAAGCCUUGGAAGAGUUUUUUCCGCCAAGAACUUAGCCCCAAACAUGAAGAUGAAGAUAAAAACAUGAAGAAUCAACAACCAUGUGAAUUGGAACCUCUGAAAACAGAAAAGGACCCACAUUUAAACUGUACUUUCAAGGUAGAUGCCUGUGCAGGAACACCUGGGAAAAUCCAGAUAACCAACGUCCACCAAGGCAGAAGGAACAUGCUGGCUGGGAAGCAGGAUGCCACAGCUGAUGUUACCCAGACAAAGGCCCCCCCUGAAGGCCCGAAGCUGGCAAAGAACUCCCAAGGUCAUGAUGGGUAUGGCAAGGAUCUGGAGGCAACUAAAGAAACCCCAGAGCCAGAGGCCUUGAAGUCAAGUCCCUUCUCGGAGGAGACAUAUGAUGAUGUUGAGUGCCGCAGGAGACAGACACUGAAGUUGCAUCUCUCUAACUCAUUUGCCUCAGACAGUGAAGAAAAUAGUGAAGAAAUGUAUGAAGAGGUCUGCAAAGCAAAGGGCAACCACACAAAGAUAGAUUUAGAUGGAAAAGAAGCGCUGAAAAGACUGCAGAAAUUCUUCAAGAAAGAGAUGGAUAGAUUUAAAAUGAAGAAAACCAAGUCAAAAGAAAAUAUAAGCAGUGCAUUUUCCUCUUCAAUGCCUGAUUUGGAACUUACGUCUCAGGAAGUUACUGUCUACGAUGACGUGGGCCUGACUAUGAAAGAGUCAAAAAAUGAAGAUAAACUGAAAACCUGGAAGCCCAAGUUUUUGAUACCAAAAGAAAAAAGAGAGCGAGAAAAAGAUGCCGAAGACUCAGGAAGAAUUUUCUUCAAAACCAAGAAGCAAAACUUAGAAAAGCACAGACUGCAGAGAGAAGAAAAACUUUUCAGAGAAAGAUUUAAGUAUGACAAAGAGAUUAUCGUCAUCAACACAGCAGUGGUGUGCUCCAAAAACUCAAGAAAUGGCAUAUUCGAUUUGCCAAUAAUCCCUGGAGAAGAACUGGAAGUUAUCGAUACCACUGAACAAAACCUAGUGAUAUGCCGGAACUCCAAAGGCAAAUAUGGACAUGUGCUCAUUGAACAUCUACAUUUCAAGCAUCAAAGUUGGUCACCUUAGGAAGAUCAAAUGGUAUGGGCUGCGCACGUGAGAACUCGUCCUAAAACCUUAGUCCUGCCUCACAUCAGUGUCCGUUUAUACGUCAAAACGAGACGGUGGAAUCUGGGGUAACGUCCAUUCAGAACUUAGGAGGGAGAAAUGAAAACAAAUUCCCAGCAUUUAGAUGGUGGUGUUAUCCCUAACCCUUGUGUCUCAGCGUCCAUCUUUCAGUGUCCAUUUCAGCUGGAGCGAGUGUGAGACCGAGUGUGGCAGCCUUCGAGCACUUGCUUAACGAGCCAUCUCCAAAGUUAGAAAUCGCGCCUUCCGGCGCCCGGUCACUUGAGCAGAUGGGCAGUUUGCUUCUAAUAUUAGCACGCGAGCGUUUAUAAUUUCUAGAAGUGCAUUGGAAUUUGGUUAAUUUAAUUCUGAACAAUAAACAGUGUAACCAAGAUCUUUAAGGUACAGUCUUAAAAUAAUUAUGGCUUAAGCCCUAAAAAAAAAAAAAAAAAAAAUCAAGGUAAAGUAUCCUUUUGUUUUAUCACAAAAAUAAAAUCCAUGUGCUCUGUUCAACAUUAGUUUCUUUUGUAAAUAGUUUGCUGAAAACUAAUUUAUUCCUAACUGCACCUUCAUUGCUUAUUUUGUGUUAAAUAUACAAAUAUGCUUUAUCGUUUUCAAAAAAAUCCUGUUGCCCAAAAUAAGGAAAAUUACUAUUUUGUCUAUGUCCAAAUACCUAUUCAAACACAUUCAUAGGUACUUUCAUAUGUCCUUUUCAUAUAAAUGAAAGUAAAUAAAAAUUUUGAAGCUGAGCUAUACCAUCGAUUAUAGGCGUCAUUUCCGUGUGACCUGUUGAAGGGUCCGUUUCCCACCGACGGGAGCAGGCGACGGAGCACUUUCUGGACUCAGCGGCAGCGCACCCACAGGCGUCACUCACUGGCGUUGACGCUGAAGUAACUCAGCAAGCUUCCUUGGUUCUAGUUAUGUUUGGGGGUUUGAAACUAACAAUCUUUAAAAUGUGAAUACUUUAAUAUGCUUUCUUGGAAUGUUAUCUUUAAGAAAGAUUUUUGCGAAGCAAUUAAUUUAUCAAAACAGAAACAAAAAUAUGAUUUUUAAAAUGGUACGCACUGCAUGUCUAAUAAAUAAAUGGUAUAUUGACAUUAAACUGUUAAAAUUCCUUAACUGGCUUUUUCAGCAUUGCAAACUAAAGAAUGUCCCUCAGUUCUUUAAGCCUGGCAAUUCUAGCUUUCAAGAAUGUGAUAGAAUUUGUUUCCGUGGCCUCAUCCUUUAUACUUUGAGACUAUUUUUGAAGCUUCUAAAUUCUUUUACCUUCUUUUUCACGUUCCAAAUGGCACUUAUUAAUAAAGGCCCAGCUUAUUCUAAAAGACAGACAUCAAAAGUAUUCGUUAGAGUUCAGCGUUUAGAGAAGGAAAGAGGUAAAGCGAUGACUGUGUAAUUAAACCAGGUGUGAAUGGAAUGGUGAGAGGGUUAAGACAGGUUUGACAGAGAAAGUGACACUGCAGCUUGGUCUUUAAAUAUGUUUGUUAGACGGGCACAGAGAUGGGCUAUGAAGAAAUCCUAAGUCAAUGGAGGGCAGUAUGCCUGGUGGGAAGUGCAAGAGCCAUUUGGAUAGGAGUGAAGUUGGGGCUACAGUACAACACAGUUCCCUUGUCUUUCUCCUGAGGGUAGGAGCCGGUCAAGGGUUAAGCAGGAAGGAAGCGCCAGCUACUUAGGGGGGAAAAACAAUCACAGCAAGAUGGGUAACAGAGGAGAGGCUAAUUGCUUUUAUAAUACUCUAGGCAAAGGGGCAUUAGGCCUUAAGACGGCAGCAACAGAAACACAGCAGACCCUCUGUAAUUUGACUGCUCCAGGGGGUCAACACAUGAAGACAGACAACACAAGGAAGGGAACUC